CGCAAAGGCUGCUGGGAAGUUUUCUCUCAGGAAGCAGCAUGAGCAGAUAAACAACCUGACAUCCGACAUCACAGAGGCUUACGGAUGGCUUAAUGUUAUCAGUUAGCAGGGAGAUCCACAGUGGUGCAGGCAUAUCAACAAACAUGGAGGACAUAAGCACAGUGAUGUCCUGGUUUUCCAGCCCUGUGUACAGCCGUUAUUGGCAGCACUACCAGCAGGCUAUGGCCUGGCACCAGAAGCACAGGCGUGCCUACCGAAAGGCCCUGGAGGCUGCCUACGGCCCCGGUUACUGCCAGGAGCAACAUCCCAGCAGGCACCAGCGCUAUGCCGACUGGCACGCCGGAGAAAGCAACAGCGAGGAUGGGGACGAGGGGAGCAGCUCGGACAGUGAGAUCGAGUGUGACGUUAGCAACAUGGAGAUCAGUGAGGAGCUGCGGGAGUACUUCGCUGAGACAGAGAGACACAGAGAGGAGCUGAAGAAGCAGCAGCAGAUGGAGGCCGAGCAGCAGGGCAGCUACGUGCCGGCCGACCAGGACCUGCACUGCGUCUCCUGGCGAAGCACCGCAGCUCCUCCGUCCGAGCGGCCCGGUGAGCGGCGCGGGGCCGAGAUGAAAAAGCUGUAUGGAGAUGAGGCGGCCAAGAUCCUGGCCAUGGAGGCCGCAAUGCAGCUCACAUUCGACAGAAACUGUGACUUGAAGCAGCCAAAGUACUGGCCCGUUAUCCCACUGAAACUGUAAUAGCUGUGGGCAGGGCUGAUUUAGAGGAGAUCCCUUCCCUGAUCUCUGAGUGAGACGGCAGCUUUGUCGUGUAAUGGAUUGUGGCUGAUGAAGCUGCUGAUGUAGCACUAAUGGUUUGGGUUAGCUGAGGGUUACAAGUUAUUUUAAGCUCUGAAAAGUUGCAUAAAUUAGCUGAGGUUCUGCUUAGCCAGACACAGAUGUCACUGACCUUUCAGCUGCUGCUCCAAAUGGAAACUUGCGGCUGUGAUAGUACAUGAAAUGUUUUUAAUUUACUGCAUAAAAACACUAGCACAUAGUACUGCCCCAGAUUUCUAGAAGUUUUCUCAGCCCGUUGAUUUUUAGGAUAAAAACCUCAAAGCAAGUGUCAGCUGAGGGUCAGAGGUACAGUAAAACUGCCCCUGUAGGUGAUGUAAAUCAGUUAAACAACACUGUGCCUGCUGUUUCCUCAUGAUCUGUUUUUUGUCUACCCCCCAGCCCUGCUGAUGUUUCAUGCUGCAGCAGCUCCUCUUAUGCCUGUCAUCUCAGUUUAAGCACAAAAACAUUUUUCAUCGUGCUCCUCUGUUCAAAUUCAGAAGCGUUUCCUGCAUGGCUGUGUCUGAUCUUCCACUUUUCCUUCCACAUACACACUGAUUUGGCGUUUUUAUUUCUAAUCUGUGGCUCUCUGACAUUUCAUCGGGUUCAAAGGAGUUUGUGCGGAUUAUCAGGAGGGUGUCGACUAUUCUCUUUUCAUCUUGUGCAUGCACUUGUUUUGGUUUUUUUUUAGACUGAAGGGUGUGUUUUUUAAUAUAAAUUCUGUUUAUAAUAAAGUGUUAUGU